AUGUUGCUACAACUGCACGUCAAUUCGUUUUUAAAAAAGUCGUUUAAUAUACAUAGUGCCAUGUCAAUACUUCUUAUCCCCUAUCAUUUAUUACGUCCCCGUAAACAAACUCAAAGAGUUGAUCGUUGCAGGACAAAAAAACAGUAUAAAAAUAGAAGACAUUUCAGAGGGUACUAUUACAGGUGGAUGGGUUCUUAUUAA